AUGGUCGAAAAGUCCGUUGCUGCCAACGGUGGCAGCAGCGGCGGCGGCAUUUGCGGAGGUGGAUCCAAAGAAAAUUCCUCUCUUGUCAGUGGAUCAUCGGAACCUGUGAAACUCAAAAAAGAACUCGGACUUUUUCAUGGAUGUUGUUUUAUCGUAGGAAUUGUUGUAGGUUCAGGCAUCUUCGUCUCUCCAAAGGGUGUACUUUUGGAGACUGGUUCGCCCGGCUUGUCUAUUAUAGUAUGGGCCCUAUGCGGUAUGAUGGCUCUCGUCGGGGCCAUGUGCUAUGCAGAACUCGGAACUUGCAUACCAAACUCCGGAGCUGAUUAUGCCUACAUAAACAAUAUAUACGGUGGAUUCCCGGCCUUUCUUUACCUGUGGGUUGCCAAUAUCAUUGUGAUACCAACUGGUAAUGCUAUUACAGCACUUACUUUUGCCAACUACAUUUUGAACCCAUUUUUCCACGAUUGCGGUCCCCCGACUAAAAGUGUUACUGUGCUUGCUGCGACAUGUGUAGUGUUCAUUGUGUUUGUGAAUUGUUCCAAUGUGAAAUGGGCUGCCGGUGUACAGAGUAUAUUUACAGCCACAAAAAUCUUUGCACUGCUCAUCAUCAUCUUUACAGGAUUAUAUAUGUUAAUUGCAGGAAAAAGUAAAAAUUGGAAACAACCUUUUGAAAAUACAAACAGAGACAUUGGACAUAUAGCAUUAUCAUUCUACUCUGGAUUGUUUUCAUAUUCAGGAUGGAAUUUCUUGAACUUUGUCACAGAGGAACUGAAAGAUCCUUACAAGAAUCUUCCACGGGCCAUCUGGAUUUCCCUUCCAGUGAUUAUGUCUGUUUAUGUAUUUGCCAAUGUGUCAUAUUUCACUGUUUUAUCACCAUCUGAACUGUUGCAAUCUGAAGCAGUUGCUGUAACAUUUGCCCAGCGGACUUUGGGGGUAAUGGCUUGGGUGAUGCCACUCUUUGUGGCAUGUUCAACAUUUGGUGGCCUUAAUGGUGCUAUCUUCACUGGCUCUAGGCUGUGUUUUGUAGGAGCUCGUCAGAAACAUUUUCCCGAAUUUUUAGCAAUGAUAAAUGUGAAAAAAUUCACUCCAGUGCCUGCCUUAGUGUUUGGUGGUUUUAUGACAUGUGUUUAUUUGUGUAUUGGCAAUGUGUACAAACUCAUGAACUACAUGGCUUUUGUUGAAGGAAUCUUUUUUGGAUUUACUAUCACAGGGCUAAUUAUUCUUCGAAUUACUCGACCUAAAAUGAAACGACCCAUCAAAAUCAGCAUUAUUUUCCCAAUCUUCUACUUGUGUAUUGUAAUAUUCCUUACUAUUAUGUCACUGACAUCAAGCCCAUGGGAAUGCUUUGUGAGCAUUAUAGUCUUAUGUUCAGGAAUCCCUGUCUAUGUUACUGGUGUCAUGUGGAAAAGGAAACCAAAACUAAUUGUAAACACACUUCAAAAACUAACAGUAAUUAUCCAGAAAAUUUCCCUGAGUAUCCCUGAACAGCAAGAUGCAGAUUUUGAAUAG